GCUUGACGCGGCUUUUUCACAGUUUUCUCCUUGCGUUACGUCUCUCUCGUCUCCCCAUUUUCCUCCCAACCCAAGUUCCCACCGCCGGCCUCCGGGGAGUGUCCGGCGACCUUCGACCACGGGCUUUAAGGAGGCGUGACGACGUCUGAACCAAAGGUCAAAAGGACCUAACCAAGAACAGCUCCAAUCGAAAAGGAGAAAGCAGCCAUAAGGCAGAAAAACAAAUCAGGGGUUUCCCCAUCCCAGAUUGCAAGAGAGCGUUUGUAGGUUGAUUGAAGUUCUUUGAUAUGGACCUGUUCAACAAGGCGAAGGCUGUCCGGCUACGGAGCCACCAUGACAAGUACCUCUAUGCUGAGCAAGACGAGGAAUCAGUGUGCCAAGAUCGAAGUGGUGCAUCCCGCAAUGCCCGAUGGACUGUUGAGUUGGUGGAGCAAAGGAAUUUCAUUCGCCUCAAGAGCUGCUAUGGCCGCUACCUGACGGCAUCCAAUGAGCCCUUCCUUCUUGGUGUUACGGGGAGGAAAGUCCUACAGACGCUGCCCAGAAGGCUGGACUCAUCGGUGGAGUGGGAACCCAUUAGAGAGGGAUUCAAUGUGAAGUUAAAGACGCAUUAUGGCAACUUCCUGCGUGGUAAUGGCGGACUACCACCAUGGAGAAACUCAGUGACUCAUGAUAUUCCCCAUCGGACGUCCACUCAGGAUUGGGUUUUGUGGGAGGUUGAUGUGGUUGAGAUUCGUUUGUUGGAACCAUCGCCGUCACCGUCGCCGACACAGAAUUUCCUCCCCCAACAGGAUCCAUCACGACAAGAAGCCCAUGUGGUAGAUGGAAGUGAAGCUUCUGAACCGGCAGGAAAUUUGAGUAGAUUAGAGUCUAUUGAUUCGUUGAAGAAUUCGCCACCAAAGUCCGAUGGCCGGCUCAUAUAUUAUGCUUUUGCGGAUGAAAAUGGUGAUGUAGAUGAUACUAUUGAAUGGAAUUCAUUCUUGUUCAAAGGAACCAACUUGGAUCAGCUAUUGGAGAAGGUGGAAGAAGAUACUGAACUUCAAAAUGUUAUAAUCUGUUCACGUAAUCCUCUGAACGGGAAGCUUUAUCCUUUGCGGCUUCAGCUCCCCCCCAACAAUGCAGCCAUGCGUAUUGUCUUGGUUGAGCCAUCAUCUAGAUUGGCUAAAGAAUUUUCAUAGCAGGAGAUCGGUGCUUGAGAAUUGAAUGAACCUCUGCAUGGUUGUCAUGCAAGCGCGGUGUACAACUUUUUCCAGUAAGCAUAUUAUUGUAUAGACUUGUGUAUUUCUGGUCGUAGUACAAUGUGUGUAGAUGUCUAAGUCUUGAUUGUUAUUUUUAUAGCAUCAUCUCAGUUUCAGUUUGGGAACAUUGAUGUCUAUCAAAAGGUUUAUGGAGAUUUUGUUGUACAUCUUAACUGGAUCUCUUAUAAAUUUUUGUAACCUGCCUAUGGUAUAUAUAUGAGUGAAUGAAAGGUGACUCUAGUAAUCUCA